AAUUCCCUAAGGCCUAGGUAACUCCCCCAGGCCUAAAAAAUAUAAUGUGGAGCUUCUAGGUACAAUGUAAUUUGUAAACUUUUACAACUUCACAACUUCAUUCACUUCUACUAUCUACUGUUUUAUUUGAUCGACUUGACUUCAUUUAUUCAUUUUAAAAAGGUACCGAUUGUUUCAUUUUGAAAGACUUGGAAUUUCUUCGUGACAAACAGGCUGUUACGCGUUGAUGGUCCUCAUGAUCUUUAACAAACUCAUUCCAUCUCCAACUUAAAUACUUGCCAAUAUAACGCCUCGAUUAGCUUGAUGCUUUCAUCAGCGCACCUUUUUUCACCAUGACAGACAACCAAGCGGAUUCCGAUUUUCGCACCAUCGUCAAUGCUGCUGCCGCAACGUGGUAUUCGCGGCACACGGGUUCACCCGAACAUAUCCAAUCUAACAGCAGUAGUCAGCAGGAAGCCGGUUCCGACCACGUAGAUAAAAAUGGUGGUCCGGCAAUAAAUGGCCCGGCAACGAAUGGUUCGGCAUUCCGUAGUGAUCUAACUACCUGGGAAAGCUCAUUGGAAGUUCUGCCGGAUGAGAUGAAGAACAUGCCACUCCCAGUUCACCCGCUCGCCCAGGCUUUGGCGGAGCAGCCUACCUUGCGUCAAGUCGAAUGGAAUCCAUAUAGGCAGCAAGGUGGAUUCAAACCAAGGACAGCUAUUGACUAUAGUUCCUUGAUGAUCUACUUAUCAGGACAAGUCAACCCAAAUCCGUGUCGUAAUUGUCGUUUAAAGAAUGGCCCCUUCACCCGCUGCAUCGUGGCACCUCCCUCAGUUCUCGCAUUGAGCAGCCUUAAGCACGCGUGCGCCAACUGCACCUACCAGAACCAGCACAGGAAGUGUACAAAUCUCCCUAUUAACGACGAGGAAUUGGUGGCGAGGAGCCGGAUGGCUAGAUCGACCCAGAAAUCAAAGAAUCCCGCUUCGAUGAAGCCCCCUGGCCGGAGACCUAAGUCUAUUUCUGAUGGCACUCCUCACUAUACGCCAAGGUACAAGCCGGAUCAUGGGCACAUGAUUCGCAAACCCACAUCGCGGAGCAUUACUGCAGAUUCAUUCGGCGACAAGCUCCGUCAAGUUCGUUCAUGGUCACCGCGAUCUCGACGGCUGAUGAAGGCUGAAGUAAUGCAAUGGGAAGCAGCGAUUAUGACGAUUGAGGCUGAGAAUACCCGAUCUCCGCAUAUGGACCGUGUGCUCGAUGGUCAAGGCCAGCUCGAUAUAUCCAAUAAGCCUAUUGGCCUCCCACCUACUCCUUCGUACCCCCGUGGAUCUUAUUCGGGCUUGGCCGGCGCUGCUUCAAUGGACGAGUCUUUGGAUGAAAUAGAAGCUGAGGAAUAUCGUGAGAUAUAUGGCCAGCGGCAGAUGGCAGAGGAUGACGAAGACGAAAAUGAAGGGGAGAGUGAUUAUGAAGGUCCACCAUGGGUUGGUUUCCACGGUGCAGGACGCGGACUGAAACCUCCGCUUUAAGGAGUGGUAUGCAGUCUAAGAUAUAGAUAGGAAAAGGCCGCAUUUCAACGUUGGCCAAACAUCUUAACCUGUUCAGUUGUUUCGGCAGUGAGUCGAUAUCCAAAUUGCUUUAGUUAGGUAGGUAUAUAUACUACUAAUAAUCCAAAUAGCA